CCAUCAGAAUGGGACUUCUCAGCUAUAUAACAUCAUUGAACGCUGGAGUACCUCAUACUUCUGUUCAUCCAUUUGUCCAAGACAUUCGAGCUUGUUAAGUUCUAGUAGUUUUAUUUGUUGCAGAGUUAGUACCAGAGAAAUGGAGCCACAGGAAGGAAGGAAAGGGAUACCAUCUCUGCUGUCCUCGCAGGGGGAGUGCAUUGCCACCAACAUCACACAGCUCAUUGGUUGGACACCACUGAUAGAACUGAGAAACAUCACUGAGAAAGACAGCAUAGGUGCUCGGCUGAUUGGGAAGAUUGAGCCGUACCAGCCCCUUUCCUCUGUGAAGGAUCGGAGUGCUCUCAGAUUGAUUGAAGAUGCAGAGGAGAAAGGCUUGAUCACACCUGGCAUCACAACACUGCUGGGGGUCACAAGUGGUAAUCUUGGCAUCGGCGUGGCGUUCAUUGCUGCUCAGAAAGGAUACAAGUUCAUCGCCCUCAUGCCUGCUAAACUCUCGCUUGAUAAGCAGAUACUGAUGCGAUACCUUGGCGUAGAAGUGGUAUUAGUUGAUGCUGUACAGCAUGGAUUCAAAGCUUUACUUGAUAGGGUAGAACAGAUGAAGAAGGAUGUGGAAGAUGUGUAUGUUCUAGAUCAAUUCACCAAUCCUGCAAAUCCCGAUGCCCACUUCAGAUGGACUGGACCUGAGAUAUGGAAAGAUACAGCAGGCAAAGUGGACAUAUUUAUAGCUGCUUCAGGUUCAGGAGGCACCAUCACAGGCGUGGGGAGGUAUCUCAAGACGAAGAACCCAUCUGUAAAAUUAAUAUGCGUUGAACCAGCUGAAAGUCCAGUGAUUUCAGGUGGCGAGCCAGCCUUCCACAACAUCCUAGGAAUAGGGCCUGGUUUUGUCCCAGAAAUAUUGGAUAGAUCCCAGAUAGAUGAAAUUGUAACAGUAACUACUCAAGAAGCUAUGGACAUGGCUAGAAGAUUGGCAAGGGAAGAAGGAUUGCUUGUUGGCAUAUCUUCAGGGGCAAAUGCAGCUGCCUGCUUAAAGGUUGCAUCAAGAGAGGAGAACAGGGGAAAGAUGAUUGUGACAAUGUUUUCCAGUGGUGCAGAGAGGUAUCUGAACUCGGAGCUCUUUGCGCAGGUUAAGGAAGAGUGCGUCAACGUCAACAUGACCUUCUGAUGUCCAUAUCAAGGCAAUGACACCGUAGGGGUGAUCCAGAAGUCUAGUGUUAUCUUACACUGGCUUAUAAGAAGCGGAGGUCUCAGUUACUCAAAUACCAGACACUGUUUUGUUAGGAGACAAAACGAAAUGCACUAGCGUGACAAGUAAAUACUCCCUCUGUUCACAAACAUAAGAUGCUCUAACCUUUUGUGUGAAUCGGAUGUAUAUAGACAUGUCUUAGUGUGUUUAUUCACCCAUUUCAGUCUGUAUGUAGUCUAUAUUGAAAUAUUCAAAACAUCUUAUAUUGUGAACGGAGGGAGUAUCUUAUAAUGCCAGGUCACAGAGGGUAUUGAUUGUGUGAUUGUUUGACGAAUUAGCUCAUCACAGGAUGGGCUGGUCCAUCAUUGUAUGACCCAAUCCCUUGUUUAGUAUUAGACUUAUUCUUUUA